AUGGCUAUUUCCGAAAAUGGAAUUAAGCUGGAGAAGGCGGAUCAGGUCGAAAAGCCGCUUCUUUCCAAGUUCAAACGAAAGUAAGUGUCCAUUAUUGUUACCAUUGGCUUUUAGAGGUCCUGAGGAAAAGACGUCAAAGCCCAAGAAGGUGUCCAUAUUCCAACUGGUGAGUGUAUUUCUUGUUUUUGUUAUAUGUUAUAGCUGGGUAGAAUUUUCUGUUUUAGUAUCGAUAUGCCACAAAGUUCGAUCUGUUAUUGGUUUUAAUUGGGGCAUCAGUGGCCAUAAUGACUGGUCUAGGCCUCCCAUAUCUUUCUGUUCUGAUUGGAAGCAUGUCCGAGGCGUUUGUUAAUGCGACAAUGGCAACAGAAUAUUAUCUUGUCCCGGGUGCGUUAAGAUUUUUUUAAAUAUCUUAUCGGUCGUUAUCACUUUCGAUGAGAUGAUGCUUUUAUGACGAGAUCGUUAAUUGAUAAAUUUCAGUGCAAACUUCGGACGGAUGGAAGUUUUUGGGUGAUAUUUAUAGUCUAGAGGACUUCGAGAGAGCGGCUAUGAAGAGGAUAUGGAUUUCGAUUUACAUGGGCAUUGCCCUCUUCCUCUCUGCCACCAUUCAGGUAUAUAAAAAAGACAAAAAGGAAGACGAUUUAUUUUAAAGGUCAACUGUUUUCUCACGGCAUGUGAAAAUAUGAUGGGGAGGAUAAGAAGAAAGUUCUUUAAUGCCAUUCUCAGACAAGAUAUGGCGUGGUAUGACAAUAACAACACGGGCACUCUGGCCACAAAACUGUUUGAGUAAGAUUUUAUGCUAAAAUAAUAAAGCACAGAGCUUUUAAAACCAACUGCAAUUAACAAAUGUAACACCUUUUUUAAAGUGAUCUUGAAAGAAUGCGGGAAGGAACUGGUGACAAAGUGGCUCUGGCCAUUCAAUAUACUGCUCAGUUUUUUGGCGGAUUUCUGGUCGCUUUUACAUACGAUUGGUAUCUGACUUCGAUCAUGAUGUCACUAGCUCCAUUAAUGAUGGGAAGCGGUGCUUUUAUCGCCAUUCUAAUGGCUCGAUCAUCCGCCAACGAAGCUGAGAAGUAUGCAAAAGCCGGGAACAUCGCUGAAGAGGCGUUGAGUUCCGUCAGAACUGUUUAUGCUUUCAAUGGCCAGAUGACUGAAUGUUCUCGGUAUGUUGUGGAGGAUGUAUUUGUCAUUGCGUUAGGUACGAAGAUGGGCUAAAACAAGCAAGAUGGAGUGGAAUGCUUCGGUCUAUCUACAUUGGCACCGGAUUUGCCUUUACAUUUGUGGUUCUAUUUUCUUCGUAUUGUAUUGCUUUUUGGGUGGGAACAAAUUUGGUAAUUGACAAUGGCAUGCACCCUGAGGUCAUGAUUACUGUAUUCUUUGCUGUUAUGAUGGGAUCGAUGGCAUUGGGACAAGCUUCCCCUCAAUUUGCGGUCAUUGGAACAGCCCAAGGAACGGCGGCUUCGAUCUAUGAGAUUAUUGAUAGGGUAAGCUUACAUUUUUACGAUUAAUAUACUCAUGAUUAUCUAAUAUGAUAACAUUUGUGCAGGAAACUGAAAUCGAACCAAGGCUUUCCACAGGAAAGGUGUUGAAGAACAUGUCUGGCCAUAUUUCUAUUAGCAAUGUCUCCUUUUCUUAUCCUUCUCGACCUGAAGUCAAGGUCCUUCAAAGCGUUUCCCUUGAGAUAAAACCUGGCGAAGUUGUUGCUUUGGUGGGAGCUAGUGGAAGCGGAAAGAGCACUUUGUGUUCUCUUCUCCUACGGUAUUAUGAUGUAAAUGAAGGCUCUAUUACUAUCGAUGAAGAACCAAUAAAAGAACUUGACGUCCAUUUCCUCCGGCGAUCUAUCGGAAUUGUUAGCCAAGAGCCAGUUUUGUUCAACAUGACCAUCAAGGAGAAUAUUCAGUGUGGGUCUGCGGAGGAGUUGACUGAAGAUCAGAUCAGAGAUGCCUGCAAACAAGCAAAUGCCGCCAAGUUCGUGGAAUCUCUACCACUGGGAUAUAAGACUUGUGUUGGAGAGAGAGGAAUCCAAUUGUCCGGAGGGCAAAAACAACGAAUUGCCAUUGCACGCGCGCUAGUCGGGAAACCGAAGGUAUUACUUUUGGAUGAAUCCACGUCUGCUUUGGAUGCUGAAAGUGAAGCUAAAGUCCAAGAAGCAUUGGACAAGGCAUCAAAGGGCAGGACUACUUUGAUCAUCGCCCAUCGAUUGUCAACGGUCAAGAAUGCGGAUAGAAUUGUGGCCAUGGAGAAUGGGGAAAUUGUGGAAUCAGGAUCUCAUGAAGAGUUAAUGGAGAGGAAAGGAGUUUAUUACAAUCUUGUCAAUGCUCAGGUAUUCGACGAUGCAAUCAAUGAGACUGGGGGUAUGUCAAAUUUCUGAUUAUUUUCACUUUCCAGGGGACGCUGGAUGUAGCCAUGACCUCGCCUCCAAUUCGAGUAGAAAUAGUUCUCCGGUCAGAAAUCUGGCCAGGAAUUCGAUCCCUGAAUCCAGCGAGGCUCAAAGCAGUCGAAGAAAGAAACCAGACGCUGUAACGGAGCUAAAACGGCUAGAAAAAGAGUUGAAGGAAGAGAACGCGAAACCGAAGGACUUCCUGAGCAUAUUGAAGUAUGCGAGGCCUGAGUGGUGGAUGCUCUCCUUGGGCGUCUUGGUGUGUAUCAUCGAAGGAUGCGUGUUCCCAUUGUUUUCUGUCUUCUUCUCUAACGUUCUGGAGGUAAGCAUGAAUUUUUUAUUGAUUUUUUUGUUUUUUUUUAUAUGAGAGGGAUUCCGCUUAAAUGCUUAAAUUAAGUUUUUUCGCCAUGACGCUCAAGCAGUCACCCAUAUCGAAUUUUUUGCUUUGCGCGGUACAGGACCCACAAUCAUCUAACAAGGAAAGUAUUUUUAUGGGGCUCCUACUUUUAAACGGGACAUACCUCAAAAAAUCCCUUAAAUCAUGUUGAUUCAGAAUAUGUAAAAAGUUAGCUGCCCAAUGGGGGUUUUAGGAGUGAAAAGUCAGUCGCAAGUUGGCUUAAAGUCCUACGUAAACCCCUUUCAGCCCAAUUUUUCGCAGAUUUACAAAUGUUUCUUGAGUUUACUAGAAUUUUUUAUCGUUCUUUUUUUCAAUUCCUGCGCCUUUUGGUCUAGAAAUUUAGUCGGGUUUUGGGCAUUUUCUUGAUCAGCACAAUUUUCCGGAUUUUUCGAGAUAUGUGUCGUCUAAAAGUGGGACCCCCGUAAAAAGUACUCUCCUUCUAAAAUUUUGCAAUGUGCGAAUAAUUCUAAUCACUAUACCGUCCAGAAAAAGUUUUUUUUUGAAUUGGACUUCGGUGGCAAGAAUUAUUCGCACAAAAAAUUUGAAUUUACUCGGAACCCCUCUUAUAUUUUAGGUAUUUGCGGGUACAGAUCCGGAAGAAAAGAGAGCCAAUGGUCAUUGGUGGGCUCUGUCGUUCCUCUUCUUGGGUCUAGUCCAGGGUCUUUCGAUGUUCCUCCACGCCGUUUUGUUUGGAUUCAGUGCCGAGAGAUUGACCAUGAGGCUGAGAUCAUCUCUUUUCCAUCGUAUUUUAUCACAGGAUAUGUCAUAUUUCGACCAACCCAGCCAUUCUCCGGGCAAAUUAUGUACUCGUCUUUCAACGGAUGCCCCAAAUGUGAAGUCGGCAAUCGAUUAUCGCCUUGGGUCGGUGUUUUCCAGCAUCGUUUCGUUCGGUUGUGGGAUUGUUUUGGCUUUUUAUUACAAUUGGGCCAUGGCGAUUUUGGUGGUCUGUAUCUUUCCAUUGGGCGGAGUGGGGCAUUAUUUCCACAUGAGAUAUAUCAAAGGGAGGUCGAAGGAUGACGAAAAUGAGUGGGAGAAUGUCGGGAAGGUGAGGGAAUGAGAGCAAAAGCCUGAAAUAAUACAAUAUAUUAAUUCUCUAAUUGAAGACGGUGUAAUACUUUUAGGUAGCCAUCGAAGCCGUUGAGAAUAUCCGCACAGUUCGAUCCCUCGCUCUUGAAGAUGUCUUUUACAACAACUUUUGUGAUCAUUUGGAACGGCCGAUGAGAACUUUAAGAAUCCGCGCCAGAUUCCAGGGCUUCACCUAUGGGUUCGCUUCUUCCAUCUUCUACUUUCUGCAUGCCGCUUCUUUCGGCUUUGGUGUCUACUUGAUCAUGAGUCAGAACGAGCGUCCCAUGAGUGUCCUAAGAUGUUUAUUUGCCAUCAGUUUUACCGCCGGAAGUAUGGGCUAUGCAAGUGCUUACUUCCCCGAGUAUGCAAAGGCCAGAUUCGCUGCUGGAAUUAUAUUCAAAAUGCUUAAUGAAAGGCCCAAAGUUGAUAAUCAGUCAUCCGUCGGGAGAGAACUAGUAAGACCGAAAUUGACGUAGAUAAUCGAACCAUUGCCACAAAAUAACUUUAGUUAUUCUAUAACAUCAUUUUAGAACCAAAUUGAUGGAAGUAUAUCCUUGAAAGAUGUCUAUUUUUCUUAUCCGCAAAGAAUACAAGCACAAGUUUUAAGAGGAUUGAAUUUGGAGAUACCGGCAGGAAAAACGAUCGCUCUGGUUGGCGCAAGUGGAUGCGGGAAAAGUACAGUAUUCAGCCUAAUCGAGCGGUUUUACGAUCCAAAUUGUGGGGAUAUUGCAAUUGAUGGGAUCAAUAUCAGAGAAGUGGGGCCUCUAACUCUGAGGAAAACAAUGGCGAUGGUCUCGCAGGAACCCGUUCUCUUCGACAGAUCCAUUAAGGAAAAUAUUCUUUACGGAAUCGAUCACCAAGUGGAUGAUGAGAAGUUGGAAGAGGUCUUGAAGAUGGCUAAUAUCUCACAGUUUAUAUCCGAAUUGCCAGAAAAACUGAACACGAGAGUUGGAGACAGGGGAACUCAGUUAUCUGGGGGGCAAAAGCAGAGAGUUGCCGUAGCCAGAGCCUUGAUAAGGGAACCUAAAUUAUUAUUACUGGACGAGGCGACAUCGGCUUUGGAUUCGGAAUCAGAGCGGGUCAGUUAUAAACAUUUUUUGUAUUUAUUCUUUUAACCAACCUGUUUUUAUUGAUUUGCGGUUUUAAAAUCUGAGGGAAAACACUAUAAAACAUCGCCCUUGCAGGUUGUCCAGCAAGCCAUAGAUCGUGCCACCCAAGGCCGAACUUGUAUCAUCAUUGCUCAUCGCCUCUCGACCAUCAUGAACGCUGAUAUGAUCGCUGUGAUCAAAGACGGUCAGCUAUUUGAGUUUGGUACCCAUCAAGAACUGCUGGACAAGAAGGGUGUGUACUCCGAGCUGGUCGAGAAACAAAAUAUUCGAGGACGGGGUAACACAAACGAUUUGUAA